UCAUUUUUUCCGUUUUGCCAUGCAGAAACUUGGUAACGAUGAGGGGCUAAAGCCACUGCAGGCAUCAUCAAAAUUCACACUAGCAUUUUACAAGUAAAUUUAAUUUUUUUUCCUUUUUAUUACAUAUUUGCUAAAAAUACAGGUCUCUAAAACUCAUUUUCCUAUUUUACGAUAAAUAAAUGGGGCUUAAUUUGAUUUUAAUUUAAAUCCAAAGUGAACAAAGAUUUUUUAGAAAGGAAUAGAAACGAAAGGAAAGGAAAGGAUAGGAACACUGGAUUCGACUCAUUUAGCCACUGCAGAUGCAGAACCCCCCGGACUCUUCUUCAUCGGUACAUCAAACCCACUCCGAUCCAGAAUGUGGGUUCAGAGUCGGGAAGCGGGUUCACUGGAUCGGGGAUACCCGGCGGAUUGGAACGGUAAAGUAUGUGGGACCCGUGGAGGGGUUUUCGGGUACAUGGGUCGGAGUUGACUGGGACAACGAAGGCGACGGCAAGCAUGAUGGGUCCCACAACGGCGUUAAGUACUUCGACGCCAGAGGCCUCAAAACGGCAUCGUUUGUUCGACCACACAAUCUGAGCUCCGGAAUUUCGCUCUUACAAGCACUUGAAGUUCGCUAUCGAACUGUUUCUACAAAAGAAGAAGAAGAUGAGAUGUAUGUUCUUUCUGCAAGAAACAAAAGGGUGUCUAUUGAGCUGCUUGGGAAAGAGAAAAUUCAAGACAAAAUGAGUCAAUUUGAGGAGUUGACAAGUGCAUCACUGUCUUAUUUAGGUGUCAGCUCUGCUGGAUCCCCUAGUCUUAUCAGUUCAACUCUACCACAUCUAAAGGAGCUUGAUUUGACUGGAAAUCUUCUUGCAGAAUGGAAUGAUGUUGGCAUCAUCUGCAAAGCAUUACCUUUUCUUGCUGCUCUCAAUCUAUCCUGUAAUUCCUUGUCGCCUGACAUAACUACUAUGCCUCAGCUGAACAACAUAAGGAUUUUAGUUCUGAACCACACUGGCGUGAUCUGGAAGCAGGUCGAAAUGCUAAAAGAUUCACUGCCAUGCAUUGAAGAGCUUCAUCUUUUGGGAAACAAAUUGAGAGAGAUUACGGCAGUGUCUACCACAGCUGUCCAAGGAUUUGAUUUUCUGCGCUGUCUUAACCUGGAAGACAAUUAUAUAGCUGAUUGGGCAGAAAUCUUAAAGCUUUCACAGUUGAAGAGCCUGGAGCAGCUUUUUUUGAACAAGAAUGAUUUGAAUCGCAUAUGGUACCCUGAUUAUGGUACAACACAUAAAUUAGACAAUGGUUGCGAGUCUCUUGACAAAAAUCCUAUGCCUUUCAAUACUUUGCAGUGCCUUCUUUUAGGAGGUAACAAAAUUGAAGACCUGGACUCCAUUGAUUCACUUAACUCUUUCCCCAACUUGGUGGAUAUAAGGCUUUCUGAGAACCCUAUAGCAGAUAUAGGGAAAGGUGGUGUACCCAGAUUUGUUUUGAUUGCCCGUUUGGCGAAAGUAGAAACAUUAAAUGGAAGUGAGGUUAGUCCUCGAGAAAGAAAGGACUCUGAAAUUCGCUAUGUUCGAUUAGUCAUGUCGAAGUUUCAUGAUAACCCUGAAGAAAUUACACGGCUUCACCCCAGGUUUGCUGAGCUUAAAAAAAUUCAUGGAAUUGAGGAUGAAAGGCCAUUAACAGGAGCAACAGGCCCUCAAAAAAUGGCCUCAGGACUCAUCUCUGUUUCUUUGAAGUGUGUUGGAGCAUCAAUUGGUGAAAAGCCCCCGGUGAUGAAAAAAUUGCCUGCAACUACAACUGUCGGAAAGCUAAAGAACCUGUGUCAGAGUUUCUUCAAGUUAAAGUCUGUUAAGCCAGUUUUGUUUCUUCAAGAAGAGGAUUCUCCGCUACCUAUAUUGCUUGAGGAUGAUAUGGCAUCUUUAAUUGAACUUGGAGUCGGUAAUGAGUCGACCAUUCUUGUAAAUGAAGAAUCCUGACGUUCAAUGGUGAAGAAUGUGAAAACGAUCCAAAUUAUCUCUGUUUUAUACGUAGUUUGGAUGAGGUUGUAACAUGAUUUUGUUGUGCAUCAGCUGAGCAGAUUUUAACUUAAGAAGGAUGCCUUUUAAGCCUUAUUUUUCAAAUAUAUACGUCAUUUUAGUUUUUCA